AUGAGCGGCAUGAAGGCUACGUAUAAAUUCCACGGCGAGGUGGUCCACGCGUUCGAGAGCUACCCGAACGCCACGGAAGCAUCGAAUGGCUACGCCGUGCCAACAGGGGAAGAAGCGCUCAACCAUUCGUACUCGGGUACGAUGGACGGUGGCAUUGCCAUGCCGGCACUCAAGUCGACGGGGCCGUAUGCUGCGCUAGUCACCUCGAUAAAGCGCGCUAAGGAGGACAGCGAGUGCUUUUUCAAGGAUCGUGUCGAAGGUCCCGUGCCUGCUAAGCUCUACAAUCAAUGA